CAUUACCCUUUUUGCUUCUAGAUAUCCCUUUAUAAUUACCAAUCCAUAAUAUCGUUUUUGUUCACAAAUCCAAAGCAUGAAAGAACCAUAACUUUUUUUUUUAUAACAAAAAUGCUUUAUUGUCUUAUUCUCCUCCUAUGUCUCUCCUCCACGUAUCUAAGUCUAUCUCUAAACCAAGAUGCCACCAUUCUCCGGCAAGCCAAACUGAGUUUAUCAGACCCGGUUCAGUCCCUUUCUUCAUGGUCCGAUAACGACGUCACGCCGUGUCAAUGGAACGGCGUCAAGUGCGACGCUUUCUCAUCCGUCGUCUCCGUCGAUCUCUCAAGCUUCAUGGUCGUCGGUCCUUUCCCCUCCAUCCUCUGUCGUCUUCCUUCUCUAUCCUUUCUCUCUCUUGCUAACAACUCCAUCAAUGGUUCUCUCUCCGGCGAUGACUUCACGGCGUGUCGUAAUCUCGAAUAUCUCGAUUUGUCGGAGAAUCUUUUGGUCGGGUCCAUCCCAAAGUCACUUCCUUCCAAUCUCCCGAACCUCAAGUUCCUCGAAAUCUCCGGUAACAACUUAUCAGACACGAUUCCGGCGAGCUUCGGAGAGUUCCAAAAGCUCGAGUCUUUAGACCUCGCCGGUAAUUUACUCUCCGGUACAAUCCCCGCCACGCUCGGCAACGUCUCGACUCUCAAAGAACUCAAACUCGCUUACAAUUUGUUUUCUCCGAGUCUUAUCCCAAGUCAACUCGGAAACCUCACAGAGCUUCAAGUUCUCUGGCUCGCCGGCUGCAACCUCGUCGGUCCGGUACCUUCAGCUCUAUCUAAAUUGACUCGUUUGGUUAACUUGGAUUUGACAUUUAAUAAACUCACUGGAUCAAUCCCAAGUUGGAUCACACAGCUGAACAGCGUCGAGCAAAUCGAACUAUUCAACAACUCGUUCUCAGGCGAGUUACCAGAAGCUAUGGGUAACAUGACGACGCUAAAAAGAUUCGACGCGUCGACGAACGAGCUUAGAGGUAAGAUACCCGACGGAUUGAAUCUGUUAAACCUCGAAUCACUCAAUCUCUUCGAAAACAUGCUUGAAGGUCCCUUACCGGAGAGCAUAACUCGCUCCAAAAACUUGUACGAACUCAAGCUAUUCAACAACAAACUCACCGGAACGUUACCGAGUCAACUCGGCGCAAACUCUCCGUUACAGUACGUGGACCUAUCAUACAAUCAAUUCUCCGGCGAAAUACCGGCGAAUCUCUGCGGCGAAGGGAAACUGGAGUAUCUAAUUCUUAUAGACAAUUCGUUCACAGGAGAAAUCUCGCAAAGUCUAGGAAAAUGCAAGAGCUUGACUCGGGUCCGAUUGAGUAACAACAAGCUCUCCGGUAACAUACCUCACGAGUUCUGGGGAUUGCCUCGCUUAUCACUGCUCGAACUCUCAGAAAAUUCAUUCACCGGAGUUAUUCCUAAGACGAUCAUCGGUGCGAAGAAUUUAUCAAACCUACGAAUCUCAAAGAAUCGAUUUUUAGGUUCCAUACCCGACGAAAUCGGAUCGCUUAAGGGACUGAUCGAGUUCUCCGGAGCGGAGAAUGGUUUCAAUGGUGUAAUUCCUGGUAGCUUGGUGAAGUUGAAGCAAUUGAGUAGGCUUGAUCUCAGUAAGAAUCAACUCUCCGGCGAGAUUCCUAGAGGGAUUCGUGGUUGGAAGAAUCUAAAUGAGCUCAAUUUGGCUAAUAAUCAUCUCUCCGGUGAGAUCCCUAAAGAAGUCGGAAUCUUGCCUGUUCUUAACUACCUCGAUCUCUCCAACAAUCAAUUUUCCGGUGAGAUUCCGGUGGAACUGCAGAACCUGAAGCUAAACGUUCUCAAUCUGUCGUAUAAUCGCCUCUCCGGUAACAUUCCUUUUCUGUACAGGGACAAAAUAUACGCACAUGACUUUAUUGGAAAUCCCGGUUUAUGCGUUGAUCUUGAUGGUCUUUGUCAGAAGAUCACGCGGUCUAAAAACAUUGGCUAUGUCUGGAUUCUCUUAUCGAUUUUCACACUUGCGGGUUUGGUUUUCGUUGUUGGGGUCGUUAUGUUCGUUGCUAAGUGUAGAAAGCUCAGAGCUUUAAAGAGCUCUAGACUCGCAGCGUCUAAAUGGAGAUCCUUUCACAAGCUUCAUUUCAGUGAGCACGAAAUCGCUGAUUGUCUUGAUGAACGGAAUGUGAUCGGGUUUGGAUCCUCCGGUAAAGUCUACAAAGUGGAGCUUCGCGGUGGAGAAGUAGUAGCUGUGAAGAAACUUAACAAAACUGUUAAAGGAGGAGAUGAAUACAGCGAUUCGUUGAACAGAGACUUUUUUGCCGCGGAAGUCGAAACACUAGGAACGAUUAGGCAUAAGAGUAUCGUGCGUUUGUGGUGUUGUUGCAGCUCCGGUGAUUGUAAGUUGUUGGUGUACGAGUAUAUGCCUAAUGGGAGCUUAGCUGAUGUGUUGCACAAUGAACGCAAAGGCCGGCUGUUGUUGGGUUGGCCAGAGCGGUUAAGAAUCGCUGUGGACGCUGCUGAGGGUUUAUCGUACUUGCACCAUGAUUGCGUUCCUCCGAUUGUGCACCGCGACGUGAAGUCGAGUAAUAUACUGCUUGAUGGAAAAUACAGAGCCAAAAUUGCCGACUUUGGGAUUGCAAAAAUUGGUCAGAUGAGCGGUUCCAAAACGCCAGAAGCUAUGUCCGGGAUCGCUGGUUCUUGCGGUUACAUUGCACCAGAGUAUGUAUACACACUUCGGGUGAAUGAAAAGAGCGAUAUCUACAGCUUUGGUGUGGUGCUUUUGGAAUUGGUUACAGGGAAGCAACCAACAGAUCAAGAACUUGGAGAAAAAGAUUUGGGGAAAUGGGUGUGCUCUACGCUUGACCAAUGCGGUUUAGAAUCUGUUAUAGAUCCAAAACUUGAUCUCAGGUUUAAAGAAGAGAUUAGCAAAGUCAUACACAUUGGUCUUCUCUGUAUGAGUCCUCUCCCUCUAAACCGACCUUCCAUGAGAAAAGUUGUGAUCAUGCUUCAAGAAGUACCUGGUACUGUUUCCAGUAGCAGUCCAAACGCGUCUAAAAAGAGUGGUGGGAAACUGUCUCCAUACUACACAGAAGACUUAAACAGCGUUUGAGCAUUAUAAUACUGGGCCGAGUUUGGAUUGGGCCGGGAAUAACGAUUUGAUGUUAUGAUGCUAAGCUAAGUUGAAUUGUAAGAUAUCAAGAAACAGAAAAAUAGAGCUUUCUAAUUAGGUAAUAGCUCUUGAUAAUCCUAGUAUAAAGGGAUAUGCUAUUUAUUACUAAGUUUGGUUAUUAUAUAUUUAAACUUAUGUAAUGUUUCAUGUUUGUAACCAACAUUGAUUUAACAACAAAUCGUUAUUCCUGCAUUCCAGGGACCUGAA